CAGCCCAAUCAUUGAGGCACCAGCCAAUGUAAUCGUGGCGCUGACUUUGUGUGUGAGCCUAUGGUGUAAACUAGCGCUGCUGGUAGCCACAGUGUGCGACCUUUUAGGCUACAUCAUCUGUCGUCCUCCGGCUGGAGCUUUCACUCCUCGACUCAUCCCCCGUGUGUAGCUCCAAAACAUGGCGGCCCUCAAAGCUUUGUGCAAAGCGGAAAAUGUAUUCUUCAAAAACCUCUCAGGUCCCUGCAGAACCAAAUUAAACUUCGCUCAUCUCCAAUUAAGCAAGACCUGCGGUUGUUACUUCUCUACUUCUAGCCAACGAAGGUCAAAGUUCUACAAAGAUUCUACAGAGGCAGUCAAAGAUAUCCCAAGUGGAGCUACUAUUCUUGUCGGAGGCUUUGGACUGUGUGGUAUCCCAGAGAACCUGAUCAACAGUUUACUGAAGACUGGAGUAAAUAGUCUCACUGCAGUCAGCAACAAUGCAGGAGUGGAUAACUUCGGCCUGGGCCUGCUGCUAAAGACGAAGCAGAUCAAGCGGAUGAUCUCUUCAUACGUCGGGGAGAAUGCUGAGUUUGAACGACAGUAUCUGACAGGGGAGUUAGAAGUGGAACUAACGCCACAGGGUACUCUUGCAGAGAGGAUCAGGGCUGGGGGUGCCGGGGUUCCUGCCUUUUUCACAGCCACUGGAUAUGGCACACUGAUCCAGGAGGGAGGCUCUCCUAUUAAGUACAACACAGAUGGCAGCAUUGCCAUUGCCAGUGAGAAGAGAGAGGUGCGGGAGUUCAAUGGCAGGCACUAUAUCAUGGAACAGGCCAUCACUGGAGACUUUGCACUGAUCAAGGCAUGGAAAGCUGACAAGGCUGGAAACAUUAUCUUCAGGAAAACGGCCAGGAACUUCAAUCAACCAAUGUGCAAGGCAGCCAAAACCACCAUAGUUGAGGUGGAGGAGGUGGUGGAUAUUGGGACCUUUGCUGAAGAGGACAUCCACAUACCUAGCAUUUAUGUCCACAGGGUUGUCCAGGGAACCGGCUACGAGAAAAGGAUUGAGAAACGCACGGUAAAGAAAAGUCAGGAAGAGAAGCCCAAACCAAAGAAGGACUCGGAUAUUGUUCGGGAAAGGAUCAUUCGACGGGCUGCCCUAGAGUUCGAAGAUGGAAUGUAUGCAAACCUUGGUAUUGGUAUCCCCAUGCUCGCCAGCAACUUUAUAAAACCAGACAUCACUGUAAACCUUCAAAGCGAAAAUGGGAUUUUGGGACUGGGCCCAUAUCCCACUGAAGAUGCCGUCGAUGCAGACCUGAUUAAUGCUGGGAAGGAGACUGUUACGGUGCUUCCAGGGGCCGCCUAUUUCUCCAGUGAUGAUUCAUUUGCCAUGAUCCGAGGGGGUCACAUCAACCUGACAAUGCUGGGAGCCAUGCAGGUGUCAAAACAUGGAGACCUAGCCAACUGGAUGAUCCCAGGUAAAAUGGUGAAGGGAAUGGGAGGAGCCAUGGAUUUGGUUGCUAGCGCUGGUACCAAGGUGGUGGUCACCAUGGAGCACUCAGCUAAGGGCGGAAAACACAAGAUAUUGGAAACAUGCAACCUGCCUUUAACAGGGAAGCAGUGUGUAGAUCGGAUCAUCACAGAAAAGGCUGUGUUUGAUGUGGAUAAGACAAAAGGCCUGAUUCUGAUAGAAGUAUGGGAGGGACUCACUCCAGAAGAUAUCAAAGCAUGCACUGGCACAGAUUUUGAGGUGUGUCCCAACCUGAGGUCCAUGCAGCAAAUCUAGAGGAACAUGCAAUGGAUGUGUGUUUUUGGUUUGUGUGACACAUUUAGUUUCUCUUUGACCAGCUAGUGUUUAGCAAGAGACAUGUGAAAUACUAUUAUAAACAAAAAUGUUAGGUGCAGUUCCCUGGUAAUUAGCAUGUAAAUAUCAGAAGGAUUCAGUCCUUACAAAUAUUAACUGAAUGGGAUUCAACAUGAAGGGUUCUUUUUUGGGAACUUCUUUUACAUUUAAGUUAUUCUUUUGUUUUUACCAGUAUGUGUAUAGGUAUUACUGAAUAAUACAUCUGAAAUGACUUCUGGAAUACUCUUUAUAUGCUCAAGGAGAAAAAUGCUAAUUUACCAGUGCUAUGCAUACAAAUAUAAAAUGACUUGAAGAUUACUGUAGACUGAAGAUUAGGGGAUUUUUCACCAGGCACAAAAGGGAAUAUGUUUGUAUUGUAUUUGCGGUAACAAAAGAGUCUUUGGAUUUGAUCAUCUAAUGUAAGAUAUAAUAUUAUUUUUCUUCAUUUGAUAGACAAAGAAGAUGCAAUAGUUAGGAUCUCACCUAAACAUUUGUCAUAAAAAACCCUGUCACGUUGUCAAACUGUUUUAUGAACUGUAUUUUUUCUGAUAUAUUUCAAAGUUGGCGGUUAAUACCACACAUUUUAGCCAGAAGAAUGAAGCCUUAACAUUUCUUUACAUUAGCAUUUGCCUUGUCUUUGUAUUUAAAAUAAAAUACAAUAUUUUUUGUUCAGCGUAACACAUGUAUUGGUAUUUAUCUAAAUCUUGAUUUCUGGAUAAAAGCCUAUCUGAAAAACCAACAAUAGUUGGAUUGUUUGUUGAAAUUAGUCAUCAAAUCACACAAUGAUUAAAAGCAUUAUGAGUG